AUGCAAACCCGUUAUGGCAGAUAUCGUUGGAAACGAUUACCCUUUGGUUUGUGUGUGUCUAGUGAAAUCUUUCAACGACGAUUUAUACAAAUCCUGAGUGGUCUGACAGGAGUGUUGUGCAUAGCAGAUGACGUCUUCGCGUAUGGUGUUGGGGAUACUUAUCAAGAGGCAUGUGUAGACCAUGAUAAGAACAUUCGCUGCUUACUUCAACGAGGACGUGAAAACGGUGUUAUAUUCAACUUGGAUAAGGUUGAGCUAUGUGAACCAAAAAUAGGGUUCUCAGGACACAUUCUGUCAGCGAAGGGUCUCAUGGCUGAUCCUCGCAAGAUUGAGGCUGUGAAAGAUAUGCCUAAACCUACUGAUCGUGCUGGUAUUCAGCGAUUUAUCGGAUUUAUUCAGUACCUGGCAAAAUUCUUGCCUAGACUAUCAGAAACAUUGACGCCACUGCGAAAGCUAAUGAAUUCUGAAGAAAAAUUCAAGUGGAAUAAAGUGCAUGAUGCUGCUUUUGCUGAGGCAAAGACUCUUGCGACACAGGCCCCUGUGUUAGCGUAUUAUGACCCGAAGUUACCACUGACAAUACAAUGUGAUGCGAGUCAGAGUGGACUUGGGACGUCCCUCUUGCAAAAAGGUCACCCGAUCUACUACGCAAAUCGCGCACUUAGGCCAACGGAGUGCAGGUAUGCUCAGAUAGAAAAAGAUAUGCUUGCAGUGUGCUUUUCAUUGGAACGAUUUCAUCAUUACACGUAUGGUAGACAUACCACAGUGAUUUCAGAUCACAAGCCAUUAGAAUCGAUUCUAAAGAAACCGCUCUUGUGCGCGCCAAAACGAUUGCAAGGCAUGCUGAUGAGAAUACAGCAAUAUGACAUUGAAAUAGUGUAUGAAAAAGGCACAAGAAUGUAUGUAGCGGAUACACUGUCGCGCGCUUAUUUGCCAAAUGAAGGCAAACAAACUGAAUACGAAGCUGUGAACGCCACAAAAACGCUUCCUAUUCGUGAGGAAAGACUAGACGAGUUGCGCAAUGAAACAGUCAAUGAUGAUGAACUGAAAGUUUUGAAAGAAACUGUACUCAAAGGAUGGCCUACUAGCAUCCGUGCUGUUCCUCAAAGGAUUAGACACUACUUCUCCAUCCGAGAUGAGAUCUCUACUGAAGGUGAUCUUGUUUUCAGUGGAUUGAGAGUGAUUGUACCAGCGAGUAUGCAGAAGACAAUGUGUAGUCUAGUUCACUCAUCUCACAUUGGUAUUGACGGCUGCAUUGGUAGAACCCGCGAAGCUCUUUACUGGCCGGGAAUGACUGUUGAAAUUAAACGCAAAGUGAGCCAAUGUGCAGUGUGCAGAGAAUUCGAGACAAAACAGCAGAAAGAAACCCUUGUGAACCAUGAAAUUCCUGAGCGUCCUUGGCAAAACAUUGGUUCAGAUUUAUUUGAUUUUGAAGGAAAGAAAUUCCUGAUCACUGUUGAUUACCUAAGCAACUUUUGGGAAAUCGACCGAAUGAAGGACACAAAGGCCGAGGCGGCGAUUCUCAAACUCAAGAACCAUUUUGCGCGUUAUGGUUCUCCUGAAAAGGUGAUUAGUGAUGGAGGUCCACCAUACGAUUCUCAUGAAUUUCGAAGAUUUGCGAAAGACUGGGACUUAAAGCAUGACAUAACAGAUCCUUACCAUCCGCAGAGCAAUGGAAAAAUUGAGUUCGCUGUCAAAUCCGCUAAGAAAAUUCUGAGGAAAGCGCUAAAGUCAAAAUCAGAUCCGUAUUUGGCAAUUCUUGAUCAGAGAAAUACCCCGUCGCAAGGACUUGGUAAUAGUCCAGUCCAACGCUUGCAUGGUAGAAGAACCAGGAAACUUUUACCAACUCGAUCAGAACUGCUGAAACUAGAAACUGUAGACUGGAAGAAAACCAAGGAAGAUAUUGAGACUAGUCAAGAAAAACAACGGCAUUAUUAUGAUAGAAAUGCAAAGGACUUGACCCCAUUGCAUCCGGGAGAUACUGUUCGUCUUCAACCAAUGCGAAAAGGAGAAAAAUCAUGGAAAAGGGCAAAAAUGACUAAACAACUCAAAGAUCGGUCUUAUGAAGUCGAUACCGGAGAUCGAAUACUGAGGCGUAAUCGUGUACAUCUGAAGAAAACGGAGGAAAAUCCACCACCAGUGGAACAAUCCGUGGAACUGUCACAACCAGACAUGCCAGAGACAGAGGACAAUCCUACCAUGGACAAUCAUAGCGAUGAGAUUCAGAACAAUCAGGAUUUGGUCAGUGUAGAAUCACAUGCGCCUGGUACCGAGCCAGAAAUCCGUACAACCAGAUCUGGAAGAAUUGUACGUAAACCCAAAAGAUACGAGGAGUAA